AUGUGGGGCACAGCAGACCGGAACGACCCUGACCUUAACGUUCGUAUUCAUUGUUCGAUGCUGUUUACCGCGGGCGGGAGCCGUCAGUCGUCGUCUUCGUUGUUUCCGAAACGGAAUGACCCUCAGCUGCCGGCCGAACUCAUUCGACCAUGCAUCCGAAUGACUGACCUACCGUACUUAGUGGUGCAGUUCGAUGACGAUGACAGUGGUCAUAAGUUGGUGAUGUUUGCGAUGGUAAUCUGUAGAUGAGGUAAAUGUAGCGCUAGUCGAAGAAAAGAAGAAGGCAGACGACGUGACGCGAAGAUGCUUGUGUCGCUUGUUUGUUUCGUCGAGGCGCCCGUGGUCCAGAACACCAUCGGCUAUUUGAUCGAUGACCACCGCGAACACACGGUCGAUGAUGGCAACGGCACGUUGGCCGGCCUACGUCGAUGA